UCACGAGAGUCACAAGCUCACCUCGCCUUCUGUUUGGGGUCACAGGUCACUCCCUAUACUUAGCCUUUAAGGCUAUUGAUUUGCUCGUUUUCUUUGAGGUCUUGCCUGUGUUUGGAGAAACGAGCGAAAGUUCAGUAUUCUGAUUAACUAUUUGCUGCUGGAGACUAUUGUCUGGUCAACCUCUGCUCAGAAAAUAGGCUAAUUUUUGUAAGCGGUUAAGGUAUUGUCCGAAACCACUUCUGCAGCCCCCUCCUAUCUCACUGUUGCGGCUCCCCACAGUUCAAAUCCCUAUCAUGACUUCAACCCGAAUAUUGAACUGAAAAUUCCCGUUAAUUAUAGCAGAGCAAGUAACCCACAUAUCUCCUCUCUGGAUUUCAACAUGCCCGAGCCAAUUUCUAUACCAAACAAUUCCUUGGCCCGAAACGCCAUCUCUUCUUCCACCUCCCCACCAAUUUUAAUUGAUGGGCGGGAGGAAGAUGUGGUUCUGGCUCGAUCCAAAGUCUUGCAUCGGAUGGAGGUUUUGCGGCGACGCUCUCGUCGAAUCAAGCAGCUUUCACAGAUAUAUCGGGACUACUACUGGGCUUUGAUGGAGGAGGUGAAGCUCAAGUACAGAGAUUACUAUUGGGAGUAUGGAAAAAGCCCUUUUGAAGAAGAUAGUGAAGAGAAUAACGUAUCCAACGCAAACCAUGUUGAUUCUGCCCCGGGAACUGGGGAGAACCCAAACUGCAAUACUCUUAUCAGUAACAAUGGUAGCAAUAAGUGCGGGGUAUGUAAUUGCAAGUCGAAAGCCAUGGCUUUGACAAGGUUCUGUCAUAUGCAUAUCCUAUCAGACCCCAGGCAGAAGCUCUACAAGCCUUGCAGUUAUUCGAUCAAAAGUUCUCCAACAGGGCCCAUACUCUGUGGGAAGCCAGUUUUGAGAUCCAUGGUUCCUUGUCUCUGCAGUCCCCAUCUAGAGAAGGCGGACAAAUAUGCAACCCGGGCUUUGAAGAAGGCUGGCCUGAAUAUAUCUUCGACCAGUAAGCUUGCCCCGAAGUUUCAUGUCAUAGUCGCGGAGUAUGUAAACCAAAUUCAGAACAGGAGAAGAGCAUUGAAGGCUGCUUCUGAGAACUCGGAAACCAAGGAGGACAACUGCGCUUGAACGCCUCGAUUACUCCCGGGAACUAGGACUGUAUAUUUCUCCAAAAAAGAAAAAAAAAAAUGGCAGAUACAAGUCAUUCAACACUUGUGCCUUUGAGUUUUUUUUUUUUUUUUUGGUUGGAAAAAUGUGGCUUGGAGUUGAUUGUCUGUGGUGGAGGUAUCAGAUUUCUGUUAUCAAGAAAUUGUAACUAAAUCAGGAAAAUAACAAAGCAAAAAAUUGUAGCGAUGAAGAAUACAAUGGUGAGUAAUGACCAAAUGAAGGAAGGAGUAUGAAUUAAUAUUUGAGGGCA